GUGGGCGCGGAGCGGAGCGGUGCGGUGCGGUGCAGCGCGCUCGGGCCUCUCCGCCGCCGGUCGCGCUGCCAGCGCCGCUCAAAACAAAGGGGCUGGCGGGGCAUGUGACCGCCGAGCCGCCGCACAUGAUGUCACCGGCUCCGCUCCAGCGGCCCUGGGAGCUGUAGUUCCGCCGCCCCACCCGCAGACGGCCCCGCCGCCGGCCCCCCGCGAGGAGCCGGGACCAGCGGCAGGGACGGGAGAGCCGCGGCGGCAGCGGUGGGUGGCAGCUGCGAGCUCUUGCAUCGCCGUCCCUUUGCGGGGCAGGGGGAGCACACCCCGCGUACCCCACAAGUGCACCCGACCCUCCCCGCCCCGUGAGCAGGCAACAGCUUCAGAGCUAAAACUCAGAACUGUUUGACUUCAUUAGAAGUGAGAGCGUUCAGUCCAUUUCUCAUCCUCUGCCUGGAAAAGCAAGAAGGACCCCAAACAACAUAAACAGCAAAGAGAAAAUCAGCAGCAAGUUCACCUCACAGAAUACAGGAUGAGAAAGUGCAAGGCUUCCUGUUAUGUGUGUGUGACAGCUACAGAUAAGCAGAGACCUCUGGACAGGAAAUCCGCCCAACUUCUGCAGUGUGAUUUGCCCAAAGCUGAGGAGCCCGUUUUAGAUCGAAGCACCAACAGAAUGAGACGGGGCUGGCCAGAAAAUGGGGGACACGCUGGAGAAGAGCUCUGAGGAGCCCGAGAUCUCUUUGGACAAUGAGUGUUCGACAAAAAUGGGGGACCUGGUGGAAGUCUCGAGUGGUGAAAAGGUCAAGUUUGACGAUACAGGUCUCUCUCUGGUGCUCCAGAAUGGCCUUGAGAACCUUCGGCUUGAAAAUUCCCUUACUGAUGUCAUCCUGUGCGUGGACAGCAGGGAAUUCUCCUGUCACCGAGUGGUCCUUGCUGCAGCAAGCAAUUAUUUCAGGGCCAUGUUCUGCAAUGAUUUAAGAGAGAAAUAUGAGGAGAAGAUCAUACUAAAAGGAGUUGAUGCAGAAACCAUGAAUAUACUCUUGGACUACACUUACACCAGCAAGAUGCUCAUCACAAAGCAAAAUGUACAGAAAGUCUUGGAAGCUGCCAGCCUCUUUCAGUUCCUGCGCAUGGUAGAUGCUUGUGCCAGUUUUCUCACUGAAGCACUCCAGCCGGAGAACUGCGUCGGCAUCCUGAGGCUGGCUGACGCCCACUCCCUGCACAGCCUCAAACAACAGGUACAGAACUACAUUAUCCAGAACUUCACCCAGGUCCUGAACUACGAGGAGUUCCUGGAGCUGCCGGCGGACAUCCUGUGCAGCACGCUGAAGAGUGAUGAGCUCUGUGUCACGGAGGAGGCGCAGGUGUUUGAAACCGUCAUGAACUGGGUCCGUUACAAGGAGUCCGAAAGGUUUUCUCUCCUGCCAUACGUGCUGGAGAACGUCCGGCUGCCCCUCUUGGACCCCUGGUAUUUUGUAGAGACUGUUGAAGCUGAUCAACUCAUUAGACAGUGUCCAGAUGUCUUUCCUUUGCUCCAAGAAGCAAGAAUGUACCAUCUGUCAGGCAAUGAGAUUAUCACAGAAAGGACCAAGCCCAGGAUGCACGAGUUCCAGUCUGAGGUGUUUAUGAUCAUAGGGGGCUGUACAAAAGAUGAGAAGUUUGUAGCAGAAGUGACUUGCCUGGAUCCUUUGAGGCGAAGCCGUCUGGAAGUCGCAAAAUUACCAAUCACAGAGCAGGAGCCAGAGAAUGAGAAUAAAAAAUGGGUGGAGUUUGCAUGCAUUACUCUAAAAAAUGAAGUCUACAUAUCAGGUGGCAAAGAAACAAAGCACGAUGUCUGGAAAUACAACGCCUCCAUCAACAAAUGGAUACAAAUUGAGUAUCUCAACAUCGGGCGCUGGAGACAUAAAAUGGCAGUGUUGGGUGGCAAAGUGUAUGUCAUUGGGGGCUUUGAUGGCAUGCAGAGAAUCAACAGCAUGGAAGCAUAUGAUCCCUUUCAUAACUGCUGGUCAGAGGCUGCUCCCCUGAUGGUCAACGUGAGCUCCUUUGCAGCAGCCAGCUACAAGAAGAAGCUGUACGUGAUUGGGGGGGGCCCCAACGGGAAGCUGGCCACGGACAAGACGCAGUGCUAUGACCCGGCCACCAACGCCUGGAGCCUGAGGGCUGCCAUGCCUGUGGAGGCCAAGUGCAUCAACGCUGCCAGCUUCAGGGACCACAUCUAUGUGGUGGGUGGGGCGAUGAAAGCUCUGUACUCCUACAGCCCCCAGGAGGACACAUGGUGCCUGGUGACUCAGUUCACCCACGAGAGAGCCAGCUGUGGCAUUUCUCCUUGCAACAACAAGCUCUUCAUCACCGGCGGCCGAGAUGAAAAGAACGAAGUCAUUGCAACAGUGCUCUGCUGGGACCCUGAAACCCAGAAGCUGACAGAAGAGUGUGUCCUGCCUCGGGGGGUGUCUCACCACGGCAGCGUUACCCUCAGGAAGUCUUACACGCCCAUCCGUAAGAUCGUGCCCGGGGCAGUUUCUGUCUGAGCCCGGUGACAGACUGCAGCGAGGAUGGGUUUGAGCUUCGAGCACCGCCACAGCUCCUCUGGGGGGUAUCUGUAUAUAUGCUCAGUCCUUGUGUUUCCUCUGUACAUGAUAUCCUUAAAUUAUCUUAAUUCCUUCCCUCUACAGAAAAACAAAGGGACCAGCUGUAGUUUAGUCCUGCCAGCACAGGAUCUCGAAUCAGGCAAAGAAAUGUAGGUGGGAAAUUUACUUCUCAGCUAUAUCUGCCCUGGAAUGUGCUUGAACUGGCUCAGUCUGGUCCCAGAGUUUGGUCAACUAUUUAUUGUGUUGAUUUGGAUUUGCAAUAACUACUAGUGAAAAAAGAGAAGUCGUUUUAGGAAUAAAUAUUUGUACUUUGGUACGACAUAACUUCGUCUUCCAAAGCUGUGCUUUUUUUCUCCCAGUGUUUGGCACAUUAGAUUAAGUUUGAACCAGUUUGUUUGUUUGAAGAUAUCUUUUUGGUUUUUGAGUUCUGCAUGACCAAAAUAAAUCCAUCUCAUUUUGCAAACCUUGCUGUCAUUCUCAAGAAAGAGACUGCACAGGCUGCAAAUGUAAAUGAACGCUAAUUUGUUUCCACGGCACAUUCACUGCGGCUGUUUUCUAAAUAAAACAGGCCAAAGCGUA